AUGUCACAUGUGCACAAAGGCGCGGGUGAUUCAGUCGUUGGACUACCACAGGAGCUGCUAAUUCGUCAUCCCUUGCAGUCAAGAUGGGCAUUAUGGUAUCUGAAGGCGGAUAGAAAUAAGGAAUGGGAGGACUGUCUCAAGAUGGUCUCUCUUUUUGAUACUGUAGAAGACUUUUGGGCUCUCUACAAUCACAUACAGACUGCAAGUGGUCUCAACUGGGGAUCAGAUUACUAUCUUUUCAAAGAGGGUAUAAAGCCCAUGUGGGAGGAUGACAGCAAUGUGAAAGGCGGUCGUUGGCUUGUUGUUGUCGAUAAGCAGCCGUAA